CUUGACACAAGAGCUACACCUAUAAGCAACACCAUAAAACCAAUGCCCCACUUCUUAAUUCAGUUUGCGCAACAGCAUGAGGAGUUCCGGUUGCCAGAAUUGGAGGCACUGGCAACGAUAGAGAAUGUGCAGAUGACAUAUAACCCUGACGACUAUAGCCUAGAGUCGCCAUUUUUGAUUGUGGAGAUCGAGUCUGCAGAGAAGGCGGCGUCGUUGCUGAAGCGUGCCAUACUUAUCAAAACCAUUACGGAGCUCUGGGGCACAGGAUCAUCAUGGGACGAGCUGAUUGAGAAAGUGAAGGAACACCCCGAACACUGGCCACAAUACCUUCACACGACCUUCAAGUUCUCGGUCGUGACCUUUGGAGGGACGAUCGAGAUGAAGGACAAGCCGGCGAUCAUCAACCGCUUUUCCUUCACGGGUUUCCUUGGCAAGAUUGAUCUCAAGAACCCGGAGGAGGAGUUUCUGUUGAUUGCGGAUUAUGGGAUCGAUCCGGACGUGGUCGUCGCACAUACGUUUUAUAUGGGCCGUUUGAUCGGAAACGGAAAACGCGACUUGAUCGACAAAUUCAAUGUGAAGAAACGGAAAUACAUCGGCAAUACCACCAUGGAUGCAGAACUCUCGUUGAUCAUGGCGAACCAGGCGCUCUGUGCGCCCGGAAAACUGGUUUACGAUCCCUUUGUCGGUACGGGCAGUUUCUUGAUGACCUGCGCGCAUUUCGGAGCCAUGACUGUUGGAAGCGAUAUCGAUGGACGACAGAUUCGGGGGAAGGGGAAGGCCAGCAUCCAAUCAAAUUGUGAGCAGUACAACUUGAAGGGCCGAGUACUGGAUGCAUUGGUGUUUGAUGUCUGCCACGCACCUUGGAGGAAGAUCAAUGGAGGCAUCUUUGAUGCUAUUGUGACCGAUCCUCCAUACGGUGUUCGUGCAGGCGCCAAGACACUGGGACGAAAGGAUCCUUCUAAGCAGGCGACCGAGCCCAGAAUGGCUGUCGACGAAGGCGUUCUCGCACAUCUCCUCCCUGAUUACAUCCCUCCAACAAAGCCUUACGAAAUGUCCGAGGUCGUUGCGGACUUGCUCAUGUUUGCUGUCAAGAACCUGGUCCGUGGUGGUCGACUCGUAUACUGGCUCCCCACGGUGACGGAGGACUAUGCGAUUGAUGAUCUGCCUACACACCCUUGUAUGGAGCUCGUAUCAAACUGUGAACAGGCCUUUGGACAAUGGAGCCGUCGAUUGAUCACGAUGGAAAAGGUCAAGGAUUGGGAUGGAGAAUCCGCAUUGGGACCACCUACAGGAGAUAUGAACAAAUCGACGACGGUACCCAAGAGACAGGGACAUUUCGGAUUCCGGGAUCGGUAUUUUGCCUUUACCGCUGUCGAAAAUGCAAAGAGAAAGAAGGAACUGAAGGAGGCCUAUCAGAAAGGAGGCCCGGAGGGAGUUGCAGCGUAUAUGAGGCAGGUCGAGGAAAAGAAGAAGCAGCAGCAGCAAGAACAACAACAGCAAGAACAACGGCAAACUGAGAUUCAACAACAAUAAAAUCGCUGCCU